AUGAAUGGCUCGAUCACAGCAAGGCAGCCACGGCGUUCCGAGGCGACGAGGCGCAUCCGUCGACUGCCCUUGUUGUUGUUACUGUACAGCGUCGCGACGUCACACGUGGCGGCCGAGUCCUGUGUGUACGCCAGCACAUUAGUAGCCGACGCUUCGGAUGCAACCGCUAUUGUCUACGACGCGGCGUGCAACCCGCGGAGCUUUCAAGUGGUCGUGAGCUCGACUGUGGAGCGGAGUCUGAACCUCUCGAACUUGGACGUCGUGGCGGUGCAGAGCUACCCGCGAGUGUACCAAUUGCUGUUGAACAACAAUGAACUCGAGACGUUCGAGGCCACGGACUCGGACAAUGACAUGAAAGACUUACAAUUGUCGAGUAACUUGAUCACGGACUUGUCGAGCUCUCGCUUUCCUCAACGUCUCAGUUACUUGGACUUGAGCGAGAACUCCAUCACGACGCUGUCGUCGGCCACGCCCUGGCCCGAGUCGGGUGAUUUGCAGACGCUUCUGCUGCAUGGUAACUCGCUCAAGUCGGUGGCGGCCGACACGUUUAUGAAAUUCGGAGCUCUGCGGUCUCUAUCACUGUCGAGCACAGGCAUCUCGAAUCUCGACGACCUCAUGCUGCCGGUGUCUCUGCGUACACUCAACGCCAGCAAGAACUCGUUCACGAGCGCUUCAACUAGCUUUGAAAACCUCCCAACGGCUCUCCAGUACCUAGACUUGAGCAACAACCUGCUCACGGUGUUCCCCGCUGUCGUGUCGUCUCUCACGACGCUCGUCGAGCUGAACCUCGAGGGUAAUGGAAUCAAGAAGGUCAGCGGCGUGACAUUUGCGUCGACGCUCCGCAAGAUAUCGUUGAGCGAUAACCCGCUGUCCACCAUCGAGAUCUGCCGGUCAGACGUGAUCGUGUUCGAGAGCCUCACUGAAUUGACUGCACCUCCGUCCGUGUCAAGCACAUGCUCCAACUCCUCGGCAACAAGCAUGGACAUCCACGGCGUCACUUUCUGCGUUUUCGAAGACGAGGUUUGCAUCAGUGCAUCUGCCACAGACUCGAAGUCCGGGAGCUCAGCAGCGGCUGUUAUCCCCGAUACCCCCUCCGGAUCAAGCGACGGAACGUCAUCGAGCACGAGCUCGGACUCGAUCUUUUCCGCCGGAUCGAUCGGCAUCAUUGGCGGCACGUUCUUCCUCGUCGGCAUUUUGUUGAGUGCUCUAGCGUUUGGUCUUGUCUGGAAGAAGCGAAGAGAUAAUGACAGCAGUCCUACUCGAUGUCCUGCUUUGAAGAUAAACCGCGACCGUCGGUUAGGAAGCAGUGGCGGCAACUUUGUCGUGUUCACAGGCAGUGGACGCACGAGUCGUGUGAAUCGGAUCAUUGUCAACGACAAUUACCGCGACAGCAAGAACGAGAGCACGAGUACGUUUGGAAGUACUGGCAUUCGUACACCUGGCGAAGCAGCGUGGACGAUCUACGAGAGCCCUUUGGACAAGUACAACCCCGUUGCUCUCCUCGAGCCGAGUCCGAAUGGGGACAAGAACUUUCUUGGUGCGAGCACUGUCUCGCUUCAAGCCCGUAGUAAGCUCAAGAUCAAAGUUGAUCUGGACGAUCUGCUCGUGUACGAGAUCCCACCGGAGGAGAUCCAGAUGCGCCGUGCGUUGUGCAUGGCCUCGUCCAAGAUGAGCAGCAAAGCAGCGUUAGCAUUGAGCAGCGUGGGCGUGGGCAGCGCUCGGAAGAAGGUGGAUUCGGCCUUGUUUCUUGCUGAGUACCAGGGCUACAAGGUGGUGAUCCAUGCGCUCGUACGCAGCAAGAAGCAGCUCGAGAAGCGCUUCAUCGAGCAGAUUCGACUUGCAGCUUCACUUGAUCACGCGUCGAUUGUGCACUUUAUCGGCGUGACCACUGGCUGCAGCACCACGGCAAGUCGUCGACGGGGCAGCAGUGCAGCAAUGUCUCGAGCACCGUACGCUAGCUAUGGUCCAGCUAAUACCGUGGACGAAAGCAGGGGAAGCCGCACGACAACGAGUCGCUACCCGAACAUGGGCGCGCCAUCCUGGCACCUUGGCGUCGUGUUUGAGUACAUGCAGCACGGCUCUCUUGCCAGCAUGUUCGAGGCCGAGCGAUGUCGACGCGAAGGCAAGGGGUACUACCCGAAGAGCAGCGUUGCGGCAGCCAUCGGUAGCGGCAGUGGCAACAUCUUUAGCUGGUACCCGACGUUUGCCAACUCGAACGCGAGCGUGAACGCGAACCCGAACGCCGACUGGCGAUGCAAACUGUCGAUUGCUCUCGAUGUCGCCAUGGGUCUUGUCUAUCUCCAUGCGAAUUACCACGCACAUGGUCGCGUGCGCGCUCGAAAGGUGCUGGUCAACGAGCAAGGCGAGGCCAAGCUGAGUGCAAUGGACGUCCUACUGCCUUCGGACUUGGCAUCGAGUAAAGACGACGCGUACGGCAAAGUGGACGAUUUCCGUGGCUCGCUGCGUGACAGUGCUCGAUGGACCGUGCAGAAGAUCACUGGACUCCGAUCCACGCGGUCGUCGAGAGCGCAGAGGCGCCAAGCGUCUGGCAACCGAAGUCGUUGCGCGAACAACAGCGGCGAGAGCGAUGCUAGUGGAGCGAGCGGGAUCAGCAGCGUCACGCUCGACGACAACAACAGUCGAAGUGGCGAGAACCCGGCGCUCGCUGAGGGGUUGAACGACCUCAAUGAGAGCUCGCUCAAGUCGAGCGGCAUUGGGUCGUCCAUCGUGGCUGCUCAGCGGGAGGACGUGUACGCUUUCGGCACCUUCUUGUGGGAGCUCGACACGAUGAUUGCGGUCGAGGAGGACCUAGCCAGCUCGAGGAUGCCUGCUGGCCACGGUGGCAACCCGCACUUGCUCACGUUCUCGGCAGACUGUCCGUCGGAGCUGCAGGAGCUGGCUCGUCAGUGCUGGCACGAGGUGCCGAGUGAGCGGCCGGACGCGAUCGACGUGCAGGAGGAGCUCGUGCGCGUGCUGGAAGGCCGCUUGACAACGACGAACCACGUGCCGCUCAACUGGACGCGCCCGAGCUACUUCAGCUCGACCAGCGCCAUCAGCAGUUUGUCCAGUUCCGACCUGUCGUCGAAUCUGUCGUCGCUCCCGAGCUCGUGCUCGGCUAUGGCCGUGUCCGUGGUCGAUCCCCGCUCCGGCCGCAUGGCAAAGUGA